AGCCCUCGGGGCGGGGCCGCGCGGCGGCGCGGAGCUGCUCUCGCGUCCGCUGUGAGGCUGUGGAGAGCUGCUCGGCGCGGCCGCGUUGCAGGAUCUCCGUUUCCCCGCGAAUAAGAAUAAAAGCAUCUGGACAACUUGGGGAAGAUAAAGUAUAUUCAGUUAAGUUGCUGACCAGGAUAUCCAGAAAGUAGGAAAUGCACAAUUUUGAGGACGAGUUAACAUGUCCCAUUUGUUACAGUAUUUUUGAAGAUCCUCGGGUACUACCAUGCUCUCACACAUUUUGUAAAAAUUGUUUGGAAAAUGUUCUUCAGGCAUCUGGUAACUUUUAUAUAUGGAGGCCUUUACGAAUUCCACUCAAGUGUCCUAAUUGCAGAAGUAUUAUUGAAAUUGCUCCUACUGGUAUUGAAUCUUUACCUGUUAAUUUUGCAUUAAUGGCCAUUAUUGAAAAGUACCAGCAAGAAGACCAUCCAGAUAUUGUCACCUGCCCUGAACAUUAUAGGCAACCAUUAAAUGUUUAUUGUCUACUAGAUAAAAAAUUAGUUUGUGGUCAUUGCCUUACUAUAGGUCAACAUCAUGGUCAUCCCAUUGAUGACCUUCAAAGUGCCUAUCUGAAAGAAAAGGACACACCUCAGAAACUGCUUAAACAGUUAACUGACACAUACUGGACAGAGCUCACUCAUGUUAUUGAAAAGCUGGAAGAACAAAAAUCUCUUUCUGAGAAAAUGGUCCAAGGUGAUAAGGAAGUUGUUCUUCAGUAUUUUAAUGAACUUAGUGAUACAAUAGAACAGAAAAAAAAAACUUUCCUAACUGCUCUCUGUGAUGUUGGCAAUCUGAUUAAUCAAGAAUAUACUCCACAAAUUGAAAGAAUGAAAGAAAUAAGAGAGCAACAGCUUGAACUGGUGGCACUGACAACAUCUUUACAAGAAGAGUCUCCACUUAAAUUUCUUGAGCAAGUUGAUGAUAUCCGCCAGCGUGUGCAGCUCUUAAAACAAAGACCACUCCCUGACGUCCAACCUGUUGAGGUCUAUCCUCGAGUAAGCCAAAUACUGAAGGAAGAUUGGAACAGGACAGAAAUUGGACAAAUUAAUAAAGUUCUAAUUCCUGAAAUGAAGAUUUCUUCAAAAAAGAUGUUAUGUUCUUGGCCUGAAAAGGAUGAAAAAGAAGUUGAACUUAUAAAACUUUUAAAUAUUGCUAUAGUUACGCUAAUUUCUAUGAUAUUGAUAGUCAUACUCUUUUUCAACCAACACAUAAUAACUUUUUUAAGUGAAGUCUCUUCAGUAUGUUUUUCUGAAGUCUCUCUAUCAGUUUACCAAAGUUUAUCUAAGAAUUUUCAUGAUUUAGAGACUGUACUGUCUCAUACUUUAUACUUGUUGAAGGAAUUUAUCUGGAAAUUAGUUUCUCAUUGAAAACUUAAAAUUGUUUAAAUGGGCUUAUUCUGUACAGCAGCAACUAAGCAUUGCUAAAUGGAGAAAUGGGUAGCACAAACAGCAAACCAAACUAGUUACAACAAAUACCAAUAUAUAGAAAUGUUAAACCUUUUAUGCUUCUGUUGGAUAGAAUGAUAUGUCAAUAUUAGAAAUGACACAGAACCUGGAACAUAUUUCAGAUCAAGUCAGUAUUAGAAAACUAGAAUAAGGGGCUGGCGUUGGUAGCAUAUUGGGUUGUCACUACCUGCAGUGCUGGUAUCCCAUAUGGGCGCCUGUUCAAAUCCUAGCUGCUCUACUUCCAGUCUAGCUCCCUGCUAAUGGCACUUGGGAAAGCAGAAGAUGGCUUGAGUCCUUGGGCCCCUGCCACCACGUGGGAGACCCAGAAGCAUCUUCUGGCUCCUGACUUCUGCCUAGCACAGCCCUGGCUGUUGCAGCCAUCUGGAGAGUGAAGUGAACCAGUGGAUGGAAAAUCCAUUCCUCCCAUCCCCCCGUAAUUCUGCCUUUCAAAUAAAUCUUUUUUAAAAAAGAAAACUAUAAUAAAAUGUAAUAAUGACUUUAGUGUUCAUGUUAUUCCUAUUAUUACUGACUUGAUAGAGGUAGAUUUAAGGCUGUUGUGACUUAUAAACACUUUUGUAUCUGUAUUGUCUUCUACUAUUAAUAUACUUUACUGGUUAACUUUGCAAUUCUAGCAUUCAGAUU